AUGUAUCAGGGAUUGGUCAAUAAAGCUAUCGAAAUUGAUAACUGGCUAUACGAGUUAGGAUUGAAGAAGAAAGGAUAUUAUGGAAAGACGGGUGGCGUGUACUAUAAGGGUAAACGCACUAACUAUCAGUUUUAUGGUGAUUCGAUGGAUCUUGACGUUAUUGAACGGGGCCGGUCCUCACGACUAAAAGGCAAGUUUCAAUGUAAGGGGCUAUCUAAUAAGAAGCGAGAACGACGCAAAAAAGAAAACCUAUGCUAUAACUAUAGAAAUCCAAGAUAUAAGGCUAACGAGUACGGUACGAAGCCCGUGAGACUACACAUAAUUGAAGUCGGUAUUGAAGAAGAAAAGGCCGACACUCUAAUUAAGAAAGAACUCAAGCGCCUGAGACUUGAGAGCAAAGAAUAG